AUGGUUUCCACUAAAAACCAAAGGUUGAAAAGCCUCAAGGCUGGGCGUCCUCCACUAGCCAAGUCUUCGAGGACAAUGUCCCGAAGAGCCAGUAGAGCUCUGAUAAACAACCAUCACCAGCUGCACAAGAAGCGUCGCCAGGCAAUCGUACAGGGCGACAAGGCAACAGAGACGGCUUUAAACGAAGAGCUGGCUAAACUUGGAGGCCUUGAGAAGUACCAAAAGGCGAGUCUUCAGGGGCAAAGCCAAGAUCGCGGUGGGGACACGUCAAAGGUUCUGCUAGAAUGGCUUCCAGUUACGGAACUCAGAAAAUCGGAGCGGAAGCUAAGGAUGCUUGAAGUUGGUUCUUUGAGCACGCAGAACGCAUGUACGACAUCGGGACUGUUUGAUAUGGUGCAUAUCGAUUUAAACAGUCAGGAGCCUGGCAUUGAACAGCAAGACUUCAUGGAGCGACCGCUACCGGGAGACGAGUCAGAGAAGUUUGACAUCAUUUCAUUGAGCCUUGUUCUCAAUUACGUCCCAGAGGCUGAGGGUCGCGGCCAGAUGUUAUACCGAACGCUUUCUUUCCUACGGGAGACAUCAGAACAAUCCCAUCCUGGUGUGGUAGGGCCUACAUUUCCAGCAUUAUUCGUUGUAUUACCUCGAAGCUGUGUCACGAAUUCACGGUAUUUUACGGAGGAGAGGCUGGAGGAGCUCAUGAACGCACUGGGAUACCAGAAGCUGAGAGACAAGUUGACGCAAAAAUUGACUUACAGUCUCUGGAAGAGAGUGGGUGAUCCUGCCGAUAGAAGGAAGUUUCCAAAGAAGGAGCUAAACCCCGGCAAAACUCGAAAUAAUUUUGUCAUCACGCUUGGAUAA